AUGGAAUUCAUGUUAAAACAACAAGCAGAAUUACGAGCGUAUUAUGAUAGCUUUCCGGAUAUUGAAGAUAUUACAAACCGAAACAGAUCAAAUAUUCAAAAAGCUGAAGAAUUUACGCGAUCUAUAAUAUCUAAAUUACCGUCAGGAAAUGUGAGCGAAAGGGAUACAGCAUGUCAUGUUUUAUAUAAUUUACUUGGAAGGGAUAAUCAACAAUGUCUGCUUUUUGAUUCCACUCAAGGUAUGAAUCUGCACGAUGCAUCAGGAAAUUUAGUUGAUCUUAGCUUUCAAGAUAGGUCAUUUGUUAUAAAAUUAAAUAAUCUUGAUGGACUCGGCAAUUGA